GGAGAAGAACCGACACCUCCGCGCACAGAAACUAUUCCCGUGCGUUAAUAUUCAUAUUUACCUCCCCGAACAACUACAAACCGGCGAACAGAAACCACAUUUAACCGUUCAGCGAGUCGUGAAGUGUUCCCGGUUGUUGUUGUCGGUUUCAUUUGUCGGCUUGUUGGAUAUUUAGCGCGUGUCGCUGUCGAGCGAGUUUGCGGAAGAGGUCAACGCCGUUCCUGCUUCGGACGCCAAAGCCCAACGAGAUUACAUUCGGGGGAUAAGCAGAAAGUUUUCAUCACGCGAGGUUACAGUCGACGGCGGUGUAAAUAUGAGUUACAAGCCGAUCGCCCCCGCACCCACCGGCUCCAACCACACUCCUCCAGGAUCUUGUGGCUCUUCUCCAUCACUGGCCUCCUCUUCAAACUUUAGACCAGCAUUUAGUGACUUCGGUCCUCCAUCGAUGGGCUUUGUACAG